AUGGCCUCCAUGAUCCAGAAUCUGCGCACUCCUUCGCAACCGUUCGUGGUGGAUGUGGAGAUCCCACACGAUGCCGGCUCCGAUGCCAAGGUGGACGCGCUCGCGUCUCACUUGCGUCGUCAACUGGACGAAGCCGUAGUCCUCGACAAGGGAUCGCAGAACGCCAUCGCCAGUCUAAUCGCCGCCGCCAACGAUCUUGCAAACAGCCGAUCCGGAUCUGCCACCCUCGGUCCAGAGAUCCUCAAACGUAUCAACACCGUCAAGCAGGCCAUACGUGCCACCAACUCUGGCACCGAGGCCGUAUCAGCCGCGAUCAUCGACACUGAAUCCGCGAUCGGAUCAAGAGCACCAACAACGGGUGGCGAAGACAUCGCCAAACACAUCGCCGGGAUCCAACGUCGGAUCGCACAGCUGGCCAUCCAGCUGCUCGCCGCCGAACCAAUCAUGGGCCAGGUGAACGCGCUGCAGGCGCUCGUCGAUGGCACCGUCGCAAAGAAUAUACAGACGCUUGGCGAUUCGGUGGCCACCAUCCGCCAGAGCAUGGCUGAUGUCAACCUCCCCGGCGUGCAACAGCUGUCUCAGCAGGUGGCCGCGUUCAAGACCGAACUGGACAACACCCUUGCGAUCAUGCGAUCGGCAAAUCAGACCGUCGCCGGCGCACCCACGGUGAUCGACGGCAUCGUGCGGUCCAUCAACACCAUCAAAGACAGCACGCCAGGCGGACAGCUAGGUCAGAUCGCGGAUGAUCUGCAGAGGAUCGCCACCCAGAUCGGGGAGGGUAACACCACAACGGCCACCCUCGCACGGGCACGCGAGGCGCUGGCGGUGAUCCGAGAGAACGUCAUUUCCGAGGACGUAAACAUCCCGAAUCCUGCGGAGCAACGUGCCGCCCUCCUGGAGCGCGUGGCCCGUGCCAGGACCUUCGGCGCGCUGGAUGGUCUGCGCGAGGCUGUCGGCGUCGUCGAUCAAGCGGUGGGACAGACCACCAUCGGAGAGAUCAACUUGACGGCACGGCAGCGACGCGACGAGCUCAUAGUGUUGGUCAAGAUUCCCGACAACACCGGCUUGAGUGCCGACGACAGCAAGGCCAUCAAGGACACCGCCGCCGAAGCGCAGCGACGCGUCGCCGCCACCGUGGGCGGGGCUUGGCGGAAGGCGACCAACAAGAUAGCACCAGAUAUUGAGAAGUCCAGUGAGGCGGCGGCCAAGCUGGGUGUCUCAACGGUUGUCACGCGAACCAGCCGGAUGUGGCAGGAGGCCAUCGACACUGCCAACAUCAAGGGCACUGCCACGCCUUCGUUCAAUGCCAUCGCGCAGAAGAUCUACGAGGCCGUCAUCGCCAAGGCACAACCAACAGCGACAGCUGCGACACUGCCCAGCCCCGUUGCGGUGCCAGUGCAUUGUGAGUUUGACGUCAAGCAUUUCCACCGCAAGUACACAAGAGACAAAUGGGAAAAAAUGACCCGAGCACGUUACAAUGCACUGGUGAAUCAUGGCGAUCUCAACCGUUUCUUCAUAUCCGCUGAACAGAAGAUCGACUUCAUCGGCCAGUUCAUCGCUGGCGUGCCCAUCCUCAAUGUCGACGACAGUCUCGUUGCGUGCGCCUUCCUUCGGCUACCGUAUGCCAACGGUUCGCCUGUAAGCGAAGGCCAGGUAGAACUGGCACUGACAGCCGUCGGUGGAGGCCUUGCGCAAGUCUACAAGGCCGCCGCCGAUCUUCAUCACACCAAUCCUGCCAUCCCAGGCCCGCUCGAUCUCAUCGAUGAUGAUGAGGAGCAAGCAGAACAGCUCCUCCUUCAACUAGUCAAUGGUUUGCUGGCCAACACCAUGGUGAAGCCCGUCGUGGAGACCUUUGCCCGAUACAUGAAGUGGGAGCCCACGGAUUUCACCAUCCGGCACAUCAUCGCGAUCCUGAUCAACGCCACGCUUGAGUUGGACAUGUGGUGGAACUGGAUGAGCGAGAUGGACGUCGCGGCCGCUUGGAUCCUGCUGCGCUACAUCAAGUGUGCGGUGUCACUGACGGUGGGACACAUGGAUGUGUUCCCCAUGGCAUUGCAGUUUGUCAGCCUCGCGGUCACCGAGAGCCCCGAGUUCAUGGCCCCGCAGUUCCUGCCGGUGCCCCAGAACGGCACUAUGCAAGGUUUCAAUGAUGCCCUGGAUCAUUGCGCCUUCUGUGUCACAUUACUGGCCAUGUCAUUGGUGUGUAGCGAGGACUAUCCGCGCAUGGAUCUGGUGGAAAUCGGCGACCUCGACCAGACGCUUGACGAGGAGGGACUCAAGCCGACCACCACUCACGCCCAGAUCGCGCAGCGCAUCCAGCUCGCGAGGACCAAGGACGGCCAGGCCGUCGAUUGGCUCACUGCGAGCAUCAACGCCGUCGUGUCGGGAUGCAUCGUGAGGCUGACAGCAUUGGUCACCAAACACAACUACCAGGCAGCACCCAACCCUCGACGCGGCACCGCCGAUCCGAUCCACCUCCAGGCGUCCAGGCUCGCCCUUCUGUGCCUGGCGCCGACCGCGAGCAGCAUCGCCGGACAUCUCGGAGACAUUGACAGGAACGAGUACAGGACGGCGCUCCUCGGUGGCCUGCGCGCCGCUCUCGGAUCCACGUCUGACAUCCGAGCCGAAGCCGUCAUCAGCGCGCCCAACGCACGCGGGCCGCGCAAGGUUCUGCUCGACGACGCCUUUGAUCAGGUGAAGUUCAGCGCCCAGUCUUCCCUCUUUGGAUACACGCUCGUCACGGAGCACGACGAACGGUCAACCGGCACCUUCGACGGCGAUCGCAUCGUGAUCUCGGACCUAUUGAACAUCGCGACCGCCGACAACGAGGGCCGAAUCAUCGACGGCAGGGUCCAGGCCAUCGUCCGAGAGCUGCUCAAGUUGAAGCCCGGUGAGGUGCCCACCAACCCGAGUAUCUACCUCAAUCUGGCGAGCUCUGCCGAUCGUCUCGUUGACCGUCUUGGCGGCAGCCUGAUCCGAGCGACAACGACCCAGGAGUGGGAGACCGCCCCGGCGACCGGUGGUCUCGAACAGGAGAAGCGACUCACUGCCGCCCAACGUCGAUACACCAAUUUCGUGGACGAGGCGAAAAAGAGAGGCCUGACCAUCGGAUACGCGCUCGACACUGCCACCGAUGAUGCGGCGUUCAUCGCCUUUGAGAAAGCGGCGAACGGCCCGCGCUGGAACAAGAAGACGUCGCUGUUCGAUACCGAGCGCUGGUUCCGUCUCGUCAUCGAAGGCGAGGGUGGUGCCACGCUCGAGACGUUCGUCUACGUCGUCGCCACCGACAUGCCUGUGCCCAGGAUGUUCCGGUUCACCGCCAGGAAAACCGAAGGCGGCGGCUUGGUGCGGAUCAUGGAGGGCGAGGGGCAGUUCAUCUCGCUCAGCUUCCUGGCCAGCAACGACGAGGCUCUCGAAUUCGCCCCCAUCGCGAGCGCCGCCGUCGGACUCAUCGCCGAUGCCUACGCGUGCCCGAUCGCCGAGGAAUCGGUCGUCAUCGUCGACCGACACGCCAACGCCAUGGUCUACGCCGAGGUCUUUGGCAGCGUGACCAUCUCCGCGGGCGAGCAGCGCGUCGGACCGACCGGUCUGGAGAUCGAGGGAUGGCGAAAGACGGUCCAGAUGAUCGCGCGCGGCCAGGUCACCAUCGGCGCCGAUAAAACCACCAGCCUCGUGAAGUCGGACCUGCUGAGGGUCGCCAACAGGCGCGCCGGCAUAGGGAUCACGGCCGAUCACGCCCGCGCGCUGGUCGACCGAUCCGACGAGACCUAUCGCGUCGUCGCCGUCAUGCUGCGCCAGCGAUGCGACCAGGCGAUCGCGGCCGCCGCAUCCAUGGGGCGCGAGCACAUCACCUUUGCGGUGCCGGCGCUUGUGCCCGGCAUGCCGCUCUACUUUGCCCACCGUGACAAGGUGGUGGAGCUGCUGGUCGGCGGGCUCCGGAGGGACAAGCACGUGGUCGAGCGCAUGCGCGAGAACAUGCUCUACGUCGAGUGGGGCGAGGAGGCGGCGCCGACCGGCGAGGCCGAACGGCAGGCCGAGGCCAGGGCCAAGGCCAAAGCGGCGGCCAAGGCGGAAAGGCGCGCCGCGCGGAAGUUGCGACGCGAGGCAAGCAAGGGCAAGGGCGAGGCCAAGGCGCCCGAGGAGCGCGGCCGUUCCGAGGAGAAGAAGGACAAAAAGAAGAAGAAGGAGCGCAGCCGCAGCAGGAGCCGCAGCAAAAGCAGAGGGCGCGCCGCCAAGCGCGAUGCGCUGGAGAUCUUGCGCGAGGCCACCCAGGAGAAGCGCGCGGACAACAUCAUGAAGAUGCUCAAGGAAAAAUAA